UUGUUAGCCUCUUAGAUAUGGCCACUAAAGGAGGGGAAAACGAGACACCAUUAACUACAAACAACGCCAUAAAUAAACUUAGCAGUGUUGGUUUCAGAUUUACGCAUUGGAGAGAAGUUGCUCGCCAUCUUCAGAUAAAGCAAGACGAUAAGGACAAGUACAUGAGUAGACAUUAUGGUGAUGAUGCUACUGCUUUGGAAGAAUGCGUGGAUGAUUGGCUGAGAAACAGCAGGGAGCCUACAUGGGAUAAAUUUCUACACAUCAUUGCUGCAGUUGACAAAUCAGCAGCAAAACGAAUCAGAUAUUCUAUUGGUCUACCAUCAGUGAGAGAAGAGCUAACUGCCCUUGAGUUGCUGUCCGAUGAUCAACUCACAGCUCUUGGGGACAUACCCUCCAGUUUGGUGGGACGAUUGGAAGCCGAGGGAAUAGCAGGAGAGGGUGAGUCUGGUUGGCUGAAGGACGUCACGACAUGGAAGGAAGUGAUAAAAGGAUUUAUACAGAUUCUAAAGAAUAAUACCGAUAGUAAAAAAGAAAUAAAAUUUGGUAACAUACUAUCUUUAUAUGAAGAAACAGCAACAAUUGGAAGGGAUAUGCUUCUGGAAAAACCUUUAACUCCUGUGGCACUCUCUCCUACAUAUCAGUCUCAAUUUGUUAGCCUCUUUCACAGAUUUGCUAUGCUUCUAGAGGAAAUUAGACCGAAACUCACUCAAAAAUUGCCACCACAAAAACUAAAAGACUUAAAACGUUAUAUUAAGAGGCAACAUCAUAUUGAUGAAAAGAAACUUAUGGAGUUUGAAAAUUGCAAAAAUAUGGAAGAAGCCCUUGACUUGGUGGAGGACUCCUGCAGUUGUACUAACAUUUCAUUAAUUAAGAAUAUAGCAAGUAAGUAUCAAUGUGUUGAUGCUCAAGAAGAUAUAAGCAAAUAUGAGGAAGGCAUUGACAGUUUCGCAAAUCAUUUACGCGAUAGUCUUAAAAACCGCUUGCCAGUGUACUUGUGCCGUGAUCGUACCGAGCCACUCCUUUGUGAGAGACUAGAGUUUACAUUGGAGUGGGAAGCUAACAAGGCUUCAUACGAAACCAUCAAAUUCAUUUUAUACAAAGCAUUUGAAGACAUUGCUAAAAAUAUCAAUGUUAUCCGCAUAAAUGGAGGCUCUGUUACUGUUCUGUGUCGUAUUCCACACUCACUUGUACCUCUGGCCAUUUACAAGGCACAAAAGAACAUGGAGUUUCUCCAGAAGCAUUGCAUGAUCAGCCUAACCAUUGGAUACAUGACAGUAAUAGCAAAAUCAAUAGAGAAAAAAGUGGAGGAAGAGGAAACAAUAACUGCAGAACAUUAUCCACAAAAAGAGGAAGGAUUUGAAGAGGACAUAACUGCUAGUGACACUAAAGAUGAGACAGUCAAUUUGCAGAAAAUAAAAGAGGAACUUGAAGAGAAAAAGAGGCAGUGUCUACAAUUAGAGGAAAGAUGCUCCAAGUGGGAAAAUAUUGCACAAUCAUCAGCAACAGAUCAAAUGACUGAAGCUUUGCUUGAACAACUGAAAGAAUAUCAAGAAAAAGAGCAAAAUUUUAAAAGAAUUGUUGCUGAGAGAGAUUUCUUAGCUGAAAAGCUGAGUAGCUCUGAAUCAGAGAAGAAAGAACUGCUAGAGAAACUAACUGACAAAGAGAACCAGUUAAUGUCUUUAGUUCAAAUUGAAGAGCUAACUCAGCAUGAGCUAGCAAAGGAGAGGGAGGCAAACAAGCUGAUUCAGCAGGAAGUACAGACACUACAAAAUGAGAAGAAAGAAGCAGAGACUGUCAUGGGAGAAAUGAAGGAAAAAAAUGAAAAACUACAAACAGGCAUUGCUGAUGAGAGAGAAAAAGCAGAGAAGAUGGAAGCAGAAAAAGAAAAGCUACAAAGUGAAUUGGACACUGUCAAAAUAAUGAAAAAGAGAAUGAUGGAGGAGAAUGAGGAACUGAGAAAAGUGAAGGAAGAAUAUGAAAAACUGCAAGCAGACAUUGCUGGUGAAAGGGAAAAGGCAGAAAAGAUGGAAGCAGAAAAAGAAAAGCUACAAAGUGAAUUGGACACUGUCAAAAUAAUGAAAAAGAGAAUGAUGGAGGAGAAUGAGGAACUGAGAAAAGUGAAGGAAGAAUACGAAAAACUGCAAGCAGACAUUGCUGAUGAAAGAGAAAAGGCAGAAAAGAUGGCAGCAGAAAAAGAAGAGGAGAUGGCAGCCGAAAAAGAGAAGCUACAAGAAAAUUUGGACGAUGCAAAGAAAAUGAAAAAAGCAAUAAUGAUGGAGAAUGAGACACUGAAGAAAGAAAAAGGAAAAUAUGAAGCCCAAAUUAAAGAAAUAAAAUUAACUCGAGUACCAACAUUGCAUGAUGACUGGAGAGAUAGCGAGCCACACACUCUACCAGUAGAAGUGUUGAUGACAUCUUUUGAUUCUCAUCAUAAAAGCAACAAGCAUUGGUACAGCCCAAGCUUCUACUCUCACGAAAAAGGAUACAAGUUGUGUCUACGAGUCAGAGCAAAUGGAGAGUCACAAGGAAGUGGAACACAUCUCAGCAUUCACAUCCAUUUGAUGAGAGGGGAUUACGAUGACGUCUUAAAAUGGCCAGUCAGAGGAAAAGUAACACUAGAGAUUUUGAACAGGAACCGUGAUAAAAAUCACUUCUCUGGGGAUAUCGAGUUUAAUGAUGAUUCUAACCCAGAGGCGACUGGAAGGGUAAUCAAUGGAAUACAGAUAAGCAGUGGGACUGCAGCUUUCGUUGGACAGGGAGGAGCAACAUUUGUACCACAGGACCUUCUCUUCCAAGAUCACUUGAAAGAUGAUAGCAUUAGGAUCCGUGUCGCCAGGGCAGAAAUGGAACCACAAGGUGCAAGUGUAGUACCUAGUGAAGCUCCUACUGGCAAAUCUGCUGUCGUUGAAUUUAGAGUCAACAAAUUCUCUGCUCUUAAAAAAUCCAACGGAAGCUAUGUCAGCGAGCCUUUCUACACACACGAAAAAGGUUACAAGUUUGUUUUCAUGGUGUAUCCCAAUGGAGUAGGAGGAAACAAAGGGAAGAAUGUAUCCAUCUUUGCUCACCUCACAAGAGGAGAAAAUGACGAUCAACUCAAGUUUCCGUUUAGAGGAGAGUUCACACUCCAAGCUGUUAACUGCCGUGACACUAAUAAAGAUCAUGCUGAGAAAGUGAUUCGAAUUAACGAAUUCACAGAUCCAAAGGAGACAUAUGGCAGCCGUGUAGCAUGGUAUAAUGUGACCGGAAGAGCACUCAAUGGAUAUGGAUUCCCAGAAUUCUUGGCACAUGAGCAACUCGCAUAUAACGAAAAGAAUAACACACAAUAUCUUGAUGAUAAUGACUCAAUGCUAUUUAGAGUCACUAAUAUCACAGUAAAUUCAAUGUAAAACAAUACUUUUUUAAAUUGAUGCACACAUUUUUCAGCUUUUUAAUAUAAAAAAAUAUAAAUAUAAAUUCCUAUAAAAACUGUUCACUAUAAUAAUAAACAUAAACCAGAAGUCCUAUUAACAUUUUCAUGUAUGAUAAAAUGAAACAGUGAAGCACGUACGUGUACUAAUACAGAAUAGCAGCAGCAUGAAUACUGUCACUAGGACAAAGGAAGCUGUCGCAAUUUACAGCAUUUUAUCAUAA